AUGUCCCCCAAACCCGAAUUGUAUUAUACCCCCGGCAGUCCACCAUGCAGUUCCGUUAUGUUGUGUGCCGCAGCUUUAGGUCUUGAGCUGGAACUGAAAGCUGUGAAUCUCAAAGAUGGUGACCACUUGACACCGGAAUUUCUGAAAAUGAAUCCCACUCACACCAUUCCCGUGCUAAACGACGAUGGUGUUGUGGUUACGGAUUCCCAUGUCAUCUGUUCUUAUCUGGCUGAUAAAUAUGCCGUCGAUGAUUUGUUGUAUCCCAAAGAUAAGAUCCAGCGCAUGCAGGUCGAUUCGAGAUUAUUUUUCGAUUGCGGGCAUCUGUUUCCAAGGGUUAGGAUUAUGGUGGAACCGGUUAUUUAUUUUGGUGAGGCCACAAUUUCAGAGGAAAAAAUCCGUUAUAUGCAACGGGCCUAUGAUGGUUUGGAAAAGGCAUUGGCCAAUGGCGACUAUUUGUGCGGAGAACAUUUGACAAUUGCCGAUUUGUGUUGUGUGGCCUCUGUGGCUUCGGCUGAGAAGUUUGCCCCCAUUGACGGGGAUAAAUAUCCCAAGGUGAAGGCAUGGCUACAACGUCUGUCGGAGCUGCCAUACUACAAGAAAUACAAUCAAGAACAGGCAGAUAUUCUGUACAAUUUGGUGCAAAGUAAAUUCGAAGAAAAUAAAAAGGAAUAA